GGGCUGCGCCGACGGGGCGGGCGGCCCCACAGCCUAUGCGCGGCGUCUGCAGGGGGGCGGUCGAUCGGGGAAGCGGGAGGUGUUGCGGAGGUUUCGUGGGCUGUGCGGUGUCGGUGGCGCUUCGGUGCUCGCCCGCCUCGCCAUGUCUGAAGCGUAUUUCCCUGUCGGCCCCGGGCUGGGGCUGGAGGAGAGCUUCUUGUCGCUGGACGACAUUCUGAUGUCGCAGGAGAAACUUCCGUGCCGCGCCGAGAGCGCCCUGCCGCGCCUGGCCUUCGCCCUGGGCCAGGGGUCCGGCUGUGGCGACUCCAUCCCGGAGGGAUCAAAGCUGGAAAUACCUCUGUGGCUUGCUAAAGGUCUGCAUGACAGCAAGAGAAGAAUCAUUUCUGUGGAACUGCCAAAGAUUUACAAGGAAGCCUGGAGAACAGUGUUCAGCGCUGAUGCCAGUGUGGUUGAUCUACAUAAAAUGGGGCCAUACUACUAUGGAUUUGGCUCCCAGCUCCUGAAUUUUGACAAUCUGGAGAACCCUGAGAUAGCUCAGACUAUCCUGCAGACAUUUAUAAGUCGCUUUCGUCGUAUCAUGGACUCCUCUCAGAAUGCCUACAACGAGGACACAUCAGUGCUGGUGGCUCGGCUGGAUGAACUGGAGAGAAACUUAUUUCAAGCUGGCCAGAAAGGGCUGAAUGACUUCCAGUACUGGGAAAAGGGUCAGGCUUCACAAAUCACAGCUUCCAGUGUGGUCCAGAAUUAUGGGAAAAGAAAGUUCACAGAUAUGGAUGGUUAAAAGCCUGAAGUACAUGCAGCUACAGUGAGGAACACCAGGAGAUUGUCAGUCUGUCUGUCAUGUAUGAGGACGAUGAAACAGCUUUGGGGAAGGACAGGCUCCCUGUCCAUUAACGGGAGUUCUUCUCUAAUAACAUCUUUGGAUUAGACCAGUCCAAAUUUUAAAGGCAGACAGCAAGAGUAUAAAAAAUAAAUCACAUCGCAUCACUGCAUAGCUUUACAGCUGACUCAUACCACUUUUGAGGUUUUGCAGUUAAAGUAUUUGCUUGGUGGCUGAAAGGGUAUGAGAGGAUUUUCUAAAAGGGUAUUUGAUAUUGAUUAUUCUUUAUCUUCCAAAUUGAUUUUUACAAUCCUGUAUCUGUUUGAAAGAAGGUGUAGUUCUAUGUAUUUCAUCUUGCCUUUCCCAUUCCAGCCUCCUGGGAACAGCUACUUCCAGGUUUCCUAUUCCUAGAAGAAGCCCAGUGAUGUGGAAAAAAAUGUGGUACAAACCACUGAUUUUCUUCCAUUUCUUAUAUAUUGAAGUGGAACAGAUAUUCUUUGUGAGGCAGGAAUGUUUUUCCUUGCUUACACUAUGUUAGAGAAAAAUACUUUCUCUAACCCAGAUGCAAGCAAAGUGGUUGGGCAGCAUCACAUGCAGCCUCCUCAUCUCUCUUCUUUGGCCCUUGUGGACUUGAUGUGGCAUGGGAUGGAGAAUGUUCUUUUUUGAUGCCAGUGUCCUUUGCCAUGGAUGCAACUCUCUGGUGGGUGUUAAAUUCCUUCACUUUUUUUACAGAGAAGGCAUCAAAGAGUUAGUCUGGAUUGGAUCAGGAGCAGCAGCUUCAAGAGAAACUCUCCCCCAUUAUCAACUUCUGAACCAUCUAUAUUCCCUAUUAAAAAGUCCUCCAGUAACUAAAUUUGGUUAGUAGAAAGGACGGACCAAAUGAAUUUAAUUUCCUUCCUGAUCUAUCUAUAUGAUUCUAGCAAAUGUCAUUAUUGCCAGUAGGAGUGACUGGAGCUGGAACUUGCUAGCCAGUACAGUGGUUGUCCAUCCAGUGUGAAUGCCAUUAAAGCUGGAUUACCUGAAAUCCCAUUGGACUGGAGAGAGAAAACAGUUCUCAGGACAGUUGUCCUUUGGAAGCAGGUGCUUCUAAGCAUCUGCAGAGGCAAACCUUGCAGAAUAGCUUAGUGUAGCAAUAAGAGCACCUUGUAUUCUGUGGGAAUCACUGGGAGGUGACAGCAAAAUCUACAUUUUGUAGUUGUUACUGAGCUUGCAGAUGCAGCUGGAUAUUAAAUAGUUUAAACUGGAAACCUCAAGUACAAAGGGUGUGUGGUCUCUUCUUGGUCACAGGAAUGAAGACUGCCUCUGGAGGUGGUGAGAUGGAGCAGCAUUUUUGCUUCACAAGCACCUUGGCAUCUCUGCCUUGCCUGUGCAGGGGCAGCUGUCCUGCUGCAGGAGGCUGGUUGCAAGCUGUGCCUGACAGAAAGUAUUUCAAGUAUGUGCAAGAUCAAAUACUGCUGCAAUUCUUGACUUAAUGGCUUGUAAUAGCCUAUGCCAGGCCUUUUGAAGCCCCCUGUGCAGCAGAACCCUCAGACUCUCCAGGCAGUCUGUUCCGGUGUGGAGUAUGAUCAGCAAAGUUGGAGCUGCGUGGUCUGUCGAGCUGCCCGAGGGUGAAUUUUGCAUCACGUAAAGUUUUCAUUAACUUGUUGUAAAACUCUCACCUCUUGUGUAUCUAUGUAUUUUUUUUCAAGCAUGUAGAGGUUUGGUUCCUAGUUAAAUGCAAAUAACUCUGCAACCAGCACACACUUUCUCCCCCAUCUAAAUUAGACUUUCCCAAAACAUUCAUGUUUUCUUCCUUGAUCUUUGCUCUAAACAAUGUCUUAGUUUGUCCUCUAGCAUUGAUUUAUUUUUGGUUGGCAGAGUGAAGCAGCUGAUUGCUUCUGCCAGGCUGGAAGCAAUAGUUUGUGUUUACACCCAGUAGCACCCAGAUGGAACAACAGCAAGAAAUGUUUUGAGCUCAUUAUUUUUUAUGAGAGAAUCAGUGACACCUAAAUGAGUCAGAAGCACAAACCUUUCUGAUCUAGAUCAGGGAUUUUCUAUACUUUUUUUUGGUGACCAGAUAUUACAAGAGGUUAAUUCAAAAUUUUAAUUGAACCAGUUGCUUAACAGAGGUGAGAUGUAAUUCAGUAGAGGCACAGUGCUGAA